AAUCACAAUUGAAGGAGAAGGAGAAGGAGAUUCAGCCUCAGGAAUAGGACCCCAGCCAUCAACCCAAAUCACAAUUGAAGGAGAAGAAGCAGAUGAGGAGACUCCACUGCAACAGGAGGAAGAAGACACGGUGGAAAUGGCUCCACUGCAACAGAACCUGGAUGAAAUGAAAAUUUCUGUCUCAGAUCUGGAGAAAAAAGACAUUGUGGAAAUGGCUCUGCUGCAACAUAAACUGGAUGAAAUUAAAAAGUCUGUCUCAGAUCUGGAGAAAAAGGUUACCCAGGCAGAACUGCACUACCAGGUAGUUCACAGGACAAUAGGAGUCAAUAAUGAAAACAAAGACGCCCUGAAAGAAUUACAGAAGCAAAUAGACAACACUACCACAAGACUGACACACAAUGGAGGUGCACUGAAUACACUGAACAAACAAAUUUCAGAGGCCACACUGAAAUUGACAGUGGGAGAAGAUCGUGUCCCACUGGAUCAACUGCUGAAGGACCUGACUGAACUGGAUCAAAAACAUGAAAAACCGAAGAAUGGCAUUGAAGGACUGAAGAGAAAAAUGGAUGAAAUAAAGAAAAACAUGGAGAAAAAGAUGAAAGAACUCGUGGAAGCCCUGAAGAGAGGAGGAGAGGCGCAAGAGCAAAGCGAGGGCAUUGUGGGGAUGGCGGCAUUACAGGAGAAACUGGGUGAAAUAAAGAAUGAUGUCUCAGAUCUGGAGAAAAAAGUUGCCGUGGCAGAACUGCACUACCAGAUGGUUGAAAAAGCAAGAGCAUUCAAUAAUGAAAAGAAAGAUUUUGAGAUGAAAGUGGGAAACCUGGAGCAAGAGAAACAAGGUCUCAAUGUGACGGUGGCAAAACUGGAGGAAGAAAAAUCAAAUCUGAAGACAAAACUGGGGAAAGAGAUAUCAGAUCUCAAGGUGAAGGCGACAAAACUGGAGAAAGAGAAAUCAGAUCUGAAGACAAAACUGGAGAAAGAGAAAUCAGAUCUGAAGACAAAACUGGAGAAAGAGAAAUCAGACCUGAAGGCAAAACUGGAGAAAGAGAUAUCAGAUCUCAAGGGGAAGGCGACAGGACUGGAGAAAGAGAAAUCAGAUCUUAAGACAAAACUGGAGAAGGAGAUAUCAGAUCUCAAGGCGAGGGUGACAAAACUGGGUAAAGGGAAAUCAGAUCUGAAGACAAAACUGGAGAAAGAUAUAUCAGAUCUCAAGGUGAAUGUGUCAAAACUGGAGAAAGAGAAAUCAGAUCUGAAGACAAAACUGGAGAAGGAGAUAUCAGAUCUCAAGGUGAAGGCUACAGAACUGGAGAAAUAGAUAUGAGGUCAAAUGGCAUUUUGAAUGGGAAUCGUAGGGGCACUACUGUUUUGAUACACGAUCACUAUUUUCAAAACACUAAGGCGGCUCGACACAACAUGAAACUAGUAUCAUCAGUAU